GACUUCUGUACUAGGUUUUGUACUGUUAAGAACAUUUAUUUUAUUAUAUAGUUGUCCUCUUUUAUAAUUUCUGUUAGCUUUUUAAAAAUUUUUCUUUUAGACCUCUUCAUUUGGUUACUGUUCCUUCCUUCUGGUACUUUACGUCCUUUCCCUUCACGGGAAAUAACAGUGUCAUGUCAUUCCUACCCACAUCUUUAUGCAGUAUCCUACUCACUUCCCACAAGCACGUAAUUCUCCAUGUCUUCCUGUUGAUUUCAUAUGCUUUUUCUCUACAGAUUCAGCAUCCCACACCUUCACUUUCUUUAUAUGGUUUCUAGAGACACUUCCUCUUUCCUGGGUUUAUGCUACACGUGCCAGGGAACAGCAGAAGGCAGCAGCUUUCCAGGAAACCUGGAUUUAACCAGGAACAGAGCCAGCAGGGCAGGGAAUGCACCAGCCAGGGCCAUGUCCCACAGUACCUCAGCAGUGCAGGUACAUUGAAAAGACAGUGCAAUGUUGUGACUUCAUUUGGCUAAGGAGUAUUUGGCAGAAAACUUGACAGACCCUUGCCAUUGGGCAACGAAGUUAAUAAUUGACAAAGACGUACAGCGGGCCUUCAUGAAUGAUUCCACACCAUAGCACUGACAGCCCGUGUAACUUACUCAGCUCCUCGCAAGCAGUUCUGCAAAGAGGAAUGGAAUCACUCCAAAUCUGGCAGCCUAGGAACCACAGAGACUUCAGCUGCCCCAUCUGUCUCCAAACAGCUACUCUCCCAGUAGAAACCAACUGUGGACAUUUAUUCUGUGGCUCCUGUCUAAUCACGUACUGGAAACAUAGUCCCUGGUUAGGAGCAAUAACCUGCCCUCUCUGCAGACAAAAGGUGGUUCUUCUGGAUAACAUCUCUUGUGAAAAGCAACAGGAUAAGCCAAGUAAACAAGUUGUACAUGACAUUAGAGCUUACAACAAGCGUUUCUCAGGGCAAACUCGACCGUUUUCAGAUUACCUUUACGACAUGCCGUUAUUCCUGACUCUUGCCUGGCGAGGAAUCUUUACCUGGGGUGGUCUCGUAUGGAUUUUUUUCAUAAGAGUUGUUGUUUGCUCCUUCGGAACAAUCAUAUGCUUAUCGUCUCCUUUUGACACGAUGCCUGGGCCUCUCUGUAGAACACUUGGAACAGCUGAUGACAUGGUAGUUGUUUCCCUUCUUUUAAUUUGUAUGAUAAACAUUUGUCAGCAAAUUGCAUCAAACGGGGUAAAUAUGGCAAGGUCUGCGGCUCAGAGCAUGCUGUCGGAAUCCUGAGUGACUCAAACAUUGAUUCUUUGGUCAAACUCCAUCAAACAGUGACAGACUUCUUCAUUUGGGUCAGCAUGUGACGGAUUUGUCAUUCUGUUGCAGACAAAGGCUGAAGCAGGACUUGGUGAUAUUUGGCGUGGCCAAGUGAUUUGAUGUGCAAGUGCUUAGAAGGCUAGUUUUACAUGCCACUGUAUAUUUGCUAGGCUCUUUCAUGCUUCACUUUUCUACAGCUUAUCCUCAUAUAAAGUGCCUGAAUUGAAACUGCUUAAGGCAAUGAACAGAACCUAAAAUUAAAAUGCCAAUCAAAUUGCAGUUGAAGAUUUUUAGAACUCUUAAGCUUCGACAUUUUACAUCUUGGCUCAAUUUGAGUAAAACGUUAAUUUGAGAAUUUAGCAAACUCUGCAAUUUGCUAGGUCUCAUAUAACAAAAGUAAUGUUUGGUAAUACCUCUACAAAAUCGUGUACCGGUACUUUGUGCUAUCAGAGCUGAUUACACGUCCAUUGGAAUACAGAUUUUUACGGCUCUGCAAUGAGUACAGUCCAAUUCUGAAAUUGGACAACGUGGUAGUAAUACUGGCUUGGAACAAAAAAGCAACUGUAAAGUAGAAUUAUUACAAGGGGAGAACAGCAUUAAAAGGAUCAUGCAAGAAAUGUGAACAAAUCUCGGUGUAAGUCUUCCGUGCAAGCCUAAGCAAGGUACACAGCUUUGUUGAAAUCUGUGCACCUAAGCUUUAACAAAGUCACCAUAAACGUUUGCUUCCUUUGUAGGCUUCAUACACUCCUUGUGAUUUCCUUGUAAGUCAUGGUACUGGUUCAGCCAGACAGAUCCAGGCUAAGUUUAUGAUGGUGAUAAUAAAGUUUAUAGAAAGUCUGCUAAAGUUGGUGGGAGUGGGGGGGGGGGUUGUGUUGAGCUGUGAAGAGUUAAAAAUGCUGGUACAGUACCAGACAAUCCUACACGUCUGUCUCUAUAUAAUCUGUACAUUUGCUAUGUAUUUGGAGUCAGUGAACUUAUUUUUACAUAUGACUUGUAUAUUAAAAUUGAUAUAUUAAAAUAUAUGAAUAUUUAUUGUUCACAAUACACUGGUCUCCAACUGUUUUUUUCUUUCUACACAUUUUCAAUUGACAUAUUUUAUUGUACCCUUGAAUUGUAUGUUAUGAUAUACCAGUAUGUUGCAGUUAUUUUCUUGCUUGUUAUACUCUUUUUGUUAUGAUGUUUUCUCAUUUUAUUCCCAUCAACUUUCAUUGUCUUUAAUUAUGUCCCUGAACUUGUAAAGCUGUUUCUCUUAACAAUGGGUACUUUGGAAAUGGCAACAAUUGCUUUUCCAUGAACUACAAGGCAGGAAGUGCAUUGUUUCUUUAAAAAAAUUACCAGAUGUUUUUGAGUGCUGACUACUAACAUAAAAACCCCAGAAACUAUUAUUUUCCAAGUUCUCUAAGUGUAAUUUUGUUAUUGUGUAACUUCUGUUUGCAUUUAACUGGGAAUUACAGCCUAUGCCAAUACAAAAGAAUGGAACUUCUAUCAAGCUAAAUGUAUAAAGAUGGAGUCCAUUUUUACGAAUACUGAUGCAUGGAGAGGGACUGACUGUAGGUUGUUUCUCUUGCAUAAUAAAGGCUCACCAAGAGGGUUGAAGAUUGCAGUCUGAAGAAAAGAAGGGUUCUCAUCAGUGACCUAUAACACACUUACAGUUGAUUUGAGUACGUUCUGUUCUGUUCCCCCUCACUUCUUAGUCCUUUAGGGGACUCCCUAGGGCCUCUGUUUGUGCUUUUAAAACAGAACAGUAUCUUUUAUUAAAAAGUAACAUACAAAUGCAGAGAAAAAGAAUUUCUGAGAGAAUCUCACUAAAGGCCCUGACAGUGUUUGGAACAUUCAAGAUCAAAACAAUUUGUAUGGUCUGAGGUGAAAUGUUUCUGCAGUAUACAACCAGAGCGUCCAGCCAUGCCAUGAUCUGGUGGUGUUAGUGUGACAGUACCCUGCAGGACUAACUAUCCAGUGCAGCCUUCAAAAUCACUUGAAAGCAAAUGGAAGCCUCUUGUUGACUCGAUUUGGCCAGCAGGCAGCCAGGAAGGUUUCCGAGCACUGACAAAUGCAAGUCUAAGGAAGUAGACACUCUCUCUCCUUCUGCAUUCCUUCUGUACCUGCUGUCACUGGGUUUAGCCCUGCAGCUGGCAGGCUGUGUAGAUGCACAAGCUUUGAGCUGGGUCUGUCUGAAGCAACAUGAUGAGAAUGGCCACGGAGAGCUGGACUGUCUCAGGGCUGACUCCCCGUGAGGCAGCUGGCAGGGUGGAAGGAAUGCAUCUGCGUUAUGAACAUAUUUUCAGCAACUGUCUGCUCAACCUAGUCCUUCAGUAUCAACAGUGGACUGUCUCACAUCUGCACAGAGAUUAAUGUGUACUGAGGGUGAGCUACUUGCAGAAGACAAAACAGCUCAAGUUAUUGAUAGCAAAACAACUGUGCUGCGAGAGUGGAGACAGAAAAACGAGUAGGAAACGGAAGAAAACAGAUAGGGAAAGAUUGCACAGCUGCAAAACUGAUUUCCAAAUAUCAGCCACCAAAAAAAAAUACUAUAAUCAUAGUUAAAAAAAAAAAAAGAACAUUCCAAUGAAAAUCACAUCUCAGCUGUAGCAGAUACCAAUAUUAAAAGGGCCACGUGUGACACCAUUGGUGUGAUACCCGUGAGAAGCACAGCAAAGGUCAGGGAUUCAGGUCCAUCUGAGCCAGAGGUGUUGUUCCUCGUGCUACUCCUUCGUGUUGCCAGUCUGUAAACACCAGCACCAUGGUACCAGCAGCUGGCUCUGUCUUCUCUGACGGGACUAC